CCUUGGCGGUGACGUCACCGACUCAGCGGAGCUCGAGCAUCCUUGUCAGAGGGAGACAACAGAGCCAUUUUGACCGCUACGUUUGAUUCAAACCGCGGCCGGCUGGACUCUCUCCUUCCGAAGCCCUCGAGACAGCAGCGGCAGCGGCGGCAGCUCGGGCGGAGGAGGGGGGUUUGUGUUCGGGUGGGUGUGAGGGGGGAGCUCGGCCCCGCGACCCGUCCCCAUGGAGGAGAGAGGAGGGUGACACACCGGCAGCGCCAGACCUGGAGGUGGAGGUGUCCUCGGAGGGGUGUGGAGAAGAAAAAAACCCCUAAAAACUCUGUUUCUGGAAGCAUAGCCGAGAGACCUACGAGCCAACACCUGAGCACAAGACGAGGCGCCCACAAGUGCUAAGAGGACAGCACCAUGGCAGGGGCUUCUGUAAAGGUGGCGGUUCGGGUCCGCCCCUUCAAUUCACGAGAGACGGAAAAAGAAAGCAAAUGCAUCAUUCAGAUGUCAGGAAACACCACCACCAUCAUCAACCCAAAGCAAGCCAAAGACAACAAGAGCUUCAACUUUGAUUUCUCCUACUGGUCACACACAUCGCCCGAGGAUGUCAAUUAUGCCUCUCAGAUGCGAGUGUACAAAGACAUCGGAGAGGAGAUGUUGCUCCAUGCGUUUGAAGGCUACAACGUCUGCAUCUUUGCCUAUGGUCAGACAGGUGCUGGCAAGUCCUACACGAUGAUGGGGAAACAGGACGUGAAGGACCAGCAGGGGAUCAUCCCACUGCUUUGUGAAGAUCUUUUCACCAAGAUCAACGAUAAUACAAACAACAGCAUGUCUUACUCUGUGGAGGUCAGCUACAUGGAGAUCUACUGUGAACGAGUGCGAGACUUGUUGAACCCUAAAAACAAGGGGAACCUGCGAGUAAGAGAGCAUCCGCUGAUGGGGCCGUACGUGGAGGACUUGUCUAAGUUGGCUGUGACUUCCUACAAUGACAUUCAAGACCUGAUGGACUCUGGCAACAAGGCUAGGACCGUGGCCGCCACCAACAUGAACGAGACCAGUAGCCGCUCUCACGCCGUCUUUAACAUCAUAUUCACUCAGAAACGUUACGACGCAGAGACUGACAACACCUCUGAAAAGGUCAGUAAAAUUAGCUUGGUGGAUCUGGCUGGCAGCGAGAGGGCGGACUCUACUGGAGCCAAAGGAACCAGGCUCAAGGAAGGAGCAAACAUCAACAAAUCUCUGACCACGUUGGGGAAGGUCAUCUCUGCUUUGGCAGAAGUUGAUUCAGGUCAAAAUAAGAAUAAAAAGAAGAAGAAGGUGGAAAGCUUCAUUCCGUAUAGAGAUUCGGUUUUAACUUGGCUACUAAGAGAAAAUUUGGGUGGGAAUUCUCGGACCGCAAUGGUUGCUGCACUGAGUCCAGCUGAUAUCAACUACGACGAGACUCUCAGCACACUCAGGUACGCUGACCGUGCCAAACAGAUUCGCUGUAACGCUGUGAUCAAUGAGGAUCCCAACAACCGACUGGUGCGGGAGCUGAAAGAGGAAGUGUCUCGACUGAAAGACCUCCUGUAUGCCCAGGGACUGGGUGACAUCAUUGAAACGUACCGAGCAUCUGGUGUCGAUAUAGAGGGUUUGAAACUGACCAAUGCUAUGACGGGGAUGAGCCCCUCUCCAUCCCUCUCCGCCUUGUCCAGCCGAGCUGGAUCUAUUGCCAGUCUGCAUGACCGCAUCAUGUUCAGCCCAGGCAGCGAGGAGGCCAUUGAGAGGCUGAAGGAAACAGAGAAGAUAAUCGCUGAGCUCAAUGAGACCUGGGAAGAGAAACUUCGCAGGACAGAAGCCAUCAGAAUGGAAAGAGAAGCACUGCUGGCAGAAAUGGGCGUGGCAAUCCGAGAAGAUGGCGGCACUGUAGGGGUGUUCUCUCCUAAGAAGACGCCUCAUUUGGUGAACCUCAAUGAGGAUCCUCUCAUGUCUGAGUGCCUGUUGUACUACAUUAAAGAAGGAAUCACAAGGGUUGGUCGCUUGGAUGCCAGCAGUCGUCAGGAUAUAGUCCUCAGUGGCCUUUUCAUCCAGGAUGAGCACUGCACCUUUACACGAUCUGCUGGUCCAGUGGGUGAAAAAGUUGUCCUGGAGCCGUGUGAAGGAGCUGAGACUUAUGUUAAUGGGAAGAGAGUGACCGAGCCCACUGUUCUGAAAUCAGGUAAUCGCAUCAUCCUGGGGAAGAGCCACGUUUUCCGGUUUAACCACCCUGAGCAGGCCAGGGCGGAGAGGGAGAGAACCCCCUGUGCUGAAACUCCUGCUGAGCCUGUGGACUGGGCGUUCGCACAAAGGGAGCUGCUGGAGAAACAAGGGAUUGACAUGAAACAAGAGAUGGAACAGAGGCUGCAGGAGUUGGAGGAUCAGUAUCGCAAAGAAAGAGAGGAGGCCAACAACCUUCUGGAGCAGCAAAGACUGGAUUAUGAGAGCAAGCUCGAGGCUCUUCAGAAACAAGUGGACCGUUGUUACCCAGAAGCCCCUGAGGAAGAGGAUGAUCCAGAUGAGGAAGUUCAGUGGACAGAAAGGGAGAGAGAGGUGGCUGUGUGGAGUUUCCGCAAGUGGAGGUGCUACCAGUUCACCUCACUGCGUGACCUUUUAUGGGGAAAUGCCAUUUUCCUCAAAGAAGCCAACGCUAUAAGUGUGGAGCUCAAGAAGAAGGUGCAGUUCCAGUUUGUGUUGCUGACCAACACUCUCUACUCCCCCCUGCCUCCUGACCUGUUACCACCAGAGGCAACUGAAGACAGAGAAAAACAACAUUUUCCUCUCACCAUAGUGGCGGUGGAAGUGCAAAAUCAGAAUAAUGGUGCAACUCACUACUGGACCUUAGAGAAACUAAGGCAGAGGCUUGAUCUCAUGAGAGAGAUGUACGAUCGGGCUGCUGAUUUGCCCAACAACACCACAGAGGAGGGGGAAAACGUGAUGACAGGAGGUGACCCGUUUUAUGAUCGGUUUCCCUGGUUCCGCCUGGUCGGCAGAAACCCCAUUUUCAACACGUGCAUGAGCGAGCGCAUGAGUGACCCCACCCCAUCCCCGACCCUUUCCACCUCUGAAAUUACUGAGCUGGCUGACUCGCAGAGGGAGGGUCGAGGGGAGGAGGAGGAGUUGGAAGAGCUGGAAGACCUGGACGAUGAUAUCUUUUUGGACGAUCCGUGCUCGGAGCUCGGGGCAGAGGAUGAGGAUGAUGAGGGAGAGCUCUGCCGAGGCUCCAGCGAAGGCCAGGAUCCCUUUUACGACCGCUCUCCAUUAUUCAGUGUAGUGGGAAGGGCUUUUGUUUACCUGAGUAACCUGCUGUACCUGGUUCCUCUGGUCCACCGCGUGGCCAUAGUCAGCGAGAAGGGAGAGGUCAAGGGCUUCCUGCGGGUGGCUGUGCAGGCCAUAUCAGGUGCUUUAUGUUUCCCUCCAGCUGACGAGGAGGCUCCCGACUACGGCUCAGGAGUGAGACAGUCAGGCACAGCUAAAAUCUCAUUUGAGGACCAGCAGUAUGAGAAGUUCCAGUCUGAGUCCAGCUCUGUGGGACUGUCCUGCACUGGGAUUUCCCAGGAGGAGCUUCGCUUUGUGGAGGGAGAAGGACAGAAUGCAGAACUGGUUCCUUCAGCUGAUGAAGUCAACAACAACACAGCUGGUGCAGAUGAGUUGGAGAGUCCACCAAAGGCUGGUCUGGAAGAGGCGAAUCUGGAGCAUCUGAAGAUCGGUGACAUGUUUACCUUCAGAGUGACUGUCCUGCAAGCCUCCAGCAUCCCUGCACAAUAUACAGAUAUCUUCUGUCAGUUCAAUUUCAUCCACCGCCACGAUGAGGCCUUCUCUACUGAACCUCUGAAGAACACCGGCCAUGGUCCUCCUCUUGGCUUCUACCAUGUGCAAAAUAUUGCUGUUGAAGUUACCAAGUCCUUUGUGGACUACAUCAAGACUCAGCCAAUUGUCUUCGAGGUGUUUGGACACUACCUGAAACAGCCUUUUCUUCCUCUUUGCACAGACGUCAUCAGUCCACUCCGUCCCUGCAGAAGACCGUUUCCAAGAGUGAUGCCUCUGUCCAAACCAGUGCCUGCCACCAAGCUGACCACGCUGGCCCGCCCGCAGGCAGGACCAUGCCACUGCAAAUACGACCUAAUGGUGUUCUUUGAGAUCUGCGAGCUGGAGGCCAAUGGAGACUACAUUCCUGCUGUGGUGGACCACAGAGGAGGCGUGCCAUGCCACGGCACAUUCUUACUGCACCAGGGCCUUCAGAGAAGAAUUGCUGUCACUAUUGUUCAUGAAUCUGGGGGCGACAUUGAAUGGAACGACAUCCGUGAGCUUGUCGUGGGCCGUCUGCGUAACACUCCUGAAUCUGACGAGAACAUCGUCGACCCGAAUAUUCUCUCGUUAAACAUCUUAUCUGCGGGAUAUAUCAGGCCCCUGCAGGAGGACAGACAGUUUCUUGAUUCGGACAUGCCUAGAAUCUCCCCAGGAGUUGACCAUAGGACUUUUUAUCGGUUUGAGGCGGCAUGGGACAGCUCGAUGCACAACUCCCUGCUACUGAACCGAGUCACUCCAAACGGGGAGAAGAUCUACAUGACCCUCUCGGCCUACUUGGAGAUGGAGAACUGCGUGCAGCCUGCUGUCAUAACCAAAGACGUCUGCAUGGUGUUUUAUUCCCGAGACACAAAGCUCUCAGCUUCUCGUUCAAUUCGCAACCUUUUUGGCACAGGAAGCCUGAGAGCUGCAGAUGGAAAUCGCAUCACUGGAGUUUACGAGGUCAGCCUGUGUCACCAGGCAGACGCGGCGAGCCCAGGUAUGCAGCGGAGACGCCGGCGGGUGCUGGACACCUCUGUGGCCUAUGUUCGUGGAGAGGAGAACCUGGCUGGAUGGAGGCCACGCAGUGACAGCCUGAUUCUGGAGCACCAUUGGGAACUGGAGAAACUCAGUCUUCUCCGAGAUGUGGAGAAGACCAAACAUUACCUCCUGCUGAGGGAGAAACUUGAGUCCACACUGCUUUCAGGCCAGGAGUCCCUUCUGGGCCGUCUCCAGGAGGAGAUGAGCGAGUCACCUCGAACCACAGAGGUAGAUCAGGAGGCCAGCUCCGUCAGCUGUGGGAUCCCCACCGAGAGGCAGAGGGAGCUCGCUAUCAAGUGUUUGCGGCUGCUCACCCACACCUUCAACAGAGAAUACAGCCAUGUGUGCGUCAGCGCCAGCGAAAGCAAGAUCGCUGAGAUGUCCAUCACCUUUCUGAAAGAGUCCACGUCCAUGUCUGCUCUUAACACACUCACACCUUCUUCAACAUGCCCGUCGCUGGUCGAGGGACGCUACAGCGAUGCUGAACUCAGGCCACCUACACCUCUGUCCCGCGCUGUUAGCCCCGGUCCUGAACCACAAGAUGUCAAGGACAAGAAAUCUAUCAACGGAGCACCCGACAUCAAAACCCGACCUCGCAAGCUGGUCCCUGACAUCCAGGAGAUACGAGUCAGCCCCAUUGUGUCAAAGAAAGGUUACCUAAACUUCUUGGAGCCAAACACCACUGGAUGGGUAAAGCGCUAUGUCAUCGUGCGUCGUCCAUACGUUUACAUCUACAACUCAGAAAGAGACACGGUGGAGCGAGCUAUCCUCAACCUCUCCUCCGCCCAGGUGGAAUACAGCGAGGACCAGCAGGCCAUGCUGAAGACUCCAAACACGUUUGCUGUGUGUACUAAACAUCGUGGAAUACUGCUUCAAGCUACUAAUGACAAGGACAUGCAUGACUGGUUGUACGCGUUCAACCCUCUCCUUGCUGGAACGAUCAGGUCUAAACUGUCAAGAAGACGAGCUGGACAGAUGAGGAUGUGAAAGACGGAUCAAUGCAAAGACUGAAGUGUACAUAGAUUCUUGUUCAUAUUGCUCUCCUUGUGCUGAGCCUGGUUUCUACCAUCACUGUCACAAACGGCCAUUUUUACUCUAUUCUCAGCUCAUCGUUGCCUCACCGCUGUCUCCUCACUGUCCGGUUUACAUCAGGCCUUAGCAGCUGUCUGUCAGUCAGGAAAAACUACUCAAAAACCUGUUGCUGUACUGUACUGGAGUUCAUUUACUGCUGGACAACUGAUGGGAACAGUGGGAGUAGCAACAGUUCGUCUCAGAUGACAUUUGUGUGAUGAUGUAGUGUAGUUGUUGUCCGUAACACAUCAAGCCUUAUAAAUCCUGCAACCAUCGUGUCAGGAACAUGGAAACUUCUCUGCUCUCCACUGCUGGUAAGUAGAUAGUGUUUAAACUGGUUGUGUUAUCAUACCGCCGGAUAAUACCAGAUAAAAGAAUAAAAACACGCAAGAUGACACCUCUUGGGUCUACAGAUCCCAACAAAAAAUCUGCGUUGUGUUCGUAGAAACGUUAGCAUGCACAGUCGGGUUUCAGUGAUGGAUCAACAUCAUUUUAGUAUGGGACCAAAACCACAGACAUCUCAAACAUAGACGCAACGUGGACUGGCGCUUCCUUUUGGAGCUGCCAUAGUGGCCAACCGCCAUCUUGAAUGGGUCUCUGUUUGCCGCCAGUGCAUUUAUUUCUUCUGAGGAAGGCGCUCAUUCAACUAAAAAACACAUUUUAUUCAUCUUAUUCACAAAAUCAGACAUAUGGAAUAGCAUGAUGAUUAAAAUAUUAUUAAAUAAAAUAAAUACAUAAAUAAAUAUCCCAACAGGCAGGCUUAAAAAGCCAAUAGGAAUCCCAGUGAUGUGUUUUCAGUAGUACGCCGGUUGUUGCAACCGUAAGCUGCACUAAAAACAGGUAUAGUUGCUCACCCGGCAUUCUCCAGUUGGGCUUGGAGAGUGACAGACCCAUUCAAUAUGGCGGCGAUGCCGUUACGCUCUCAAGCGCCCAAUGGGGCGUCUACGUAUUCAUGUCUAUGACCAACAUUGCAACUAUCCAAUCACGUGACAAUGAUGUCAUAUUAUCACGACUCCAGCAAAAGUGCAGGAAAGAGCCUGAUGGACUACUUCCUGUUUGAGCUGAUCUGUUUCACAGAACUGUCAGUUAUGAACUAGGUCAUUCUUUCACAUUGUUGGUUAUUAAUUGGCUAGAGCUAGCGUUGGUUUGAUGGCUUGUGGUAAGAUGUUUUCAUAAGAAAUGAAAAAUAUCUUACAAAAGUUCUAAAUCAGUAAACCUUCUGGCAUCUAAAUAUUACAGCUUGAGACACAUAUUUCUCUCUGAAUAUUAAACAAAAACACUGAAAACUUAUUUCUAAAAUAAUAAUAAUAAUGCAUUGAACUCAUAAAGCGCUUUUUAAGACCCCCACACUCUCGCAUUCACACACUGCUAGUGAUGGUAAGCUACUUGUAGCCACAGCCGUCCUGGGGAGGUCUGACAGAGGCGAGGCUGCCAUUUGGCGCCGUCGGCCCCUCUGACCACCACUAACACAGGCAAGUUGGGUGAAGUGUCUUGCCCAAGGACACAACAGCAGGCUACCCCUGAUGGGAGCUGGAAUCGAACCCAUGACCCUCCGAUCAUGAGGCAACCCGCUCUACCACCUGAGCUACUGCUGCCCCACGUUUUUAAAACAUUAACAGGCUUGUGUGCACCUGCUUUUCAUUGUGACACCCCAGAUGUAAGGCUCGUGCCAUAUUUCAUUUAGCUGCUGAUGCAGCAUGAUCCUGACAGGCUAAUAUCAGUCGUGAAGAUAUGUCCUCCGUCCAGCGUGAUCGGACAGCUGCGUGGAUGACCCUGGGCCAGAAAAAAAUGUUUGUGGUCCAGAACUAAAACCGGUACGAGGUUUGCAGACGGUGCCUUUAGCACUAGCCUAGCAAGCGAGCUGUCAUCACAACAUCCCAUUUGGUAAACCCAAAUCAUUUUAGCUACAUGUAGGAGCACUGAGGGCAUCUGCAUUUACAUGACAAGCAAUCAGACAUCACAUUCUUUCUCCCAGGAUCGUCUCAUUCUCUACCAGAGUUUUAUUCCUUUUAAAAUGUGAUAUAUUUAGAUUUUUUAACAGUUAUAUUAUUUAUUUCUGCAUGUAUUUAUUUACAAAGGCAAUUAUAUUUCUAAAGUAGUGGUCGAGUGCAAUUUCUGCACACAGCACUUUUUAAUGGGUUCCUUAAAUGUUUGAAUGCCACCUCAUCCCCAUGCUGGUAACGCGUCUAAAGCAGUUUAUCAACGUCAACUUCAGCCAGUUCCUUUGUGCAGAGAAAAACUUGAACAGCCCUUCAAAAUGUGGGCAUUUGUACCUUCAAUUCAGCUAACAUCCACCCACAGAAGGCGAUUAGCAGAUAAAGAUUAUGAAAUAAGGUGAUUUGUCCGUCCUUGUUAAAUCAGAAAUAAUUUCCUUACAGCACCUGAUAUGAACUGUCUUCUUCUGAAUGCUAUGUGUGUUAAGUGUAGUGCCUCUCUUUCCAAACAUGGUGCAUUCUGUAGUUUGCCUCUGCACCAAUUAUUAGGGACUACGUCCUUCGUGCUGCUAAAAUACUAUAUCAUCACGUUUCUGCUCACCAUCGUCAAAACAGGAUGUUUGACACAGAAAGUAGAAGUUUUUAAUUUCUAAAAUAACAAUUACCAUAAUGCAGAGCUUUAGUGUACCUCGGGAUCGUCAGCAAGCACACGUGUCUCAUUGUCACAUCUCACUCAGUCCAGUUAAAAGGUGUUAAACCUAAUCCUGGUGUUGCUUUAGGCCUAGUCCACACGUAGCCGGGUUUUUUUAAAAACGAAUAUCCGCCCCUCCAAAAACUUGCAUCCACACCACCUCGUUUUAAAAAGAAACUCUGUCCACACGUACCCGGAUAAAUACGUUGUUAAGGACAUGCCAGACCUGUAGGCGGCAGUACUUCCCCCGUUCUUAACCUCGUCCUUCGUCUGUGGUCUUCCACAAGGAGCAGUAAUUCCUCUUGCAAAAACAAACAAGCAGAAAGCGCUUGGACAAUUGAUAAAGCGAGCGCAGCUCUGAGGGCGUCCAUGCUGUCGGCUAGUGUAAACACAGGUCGCACACGUGAUGUCAGCAUUUUUUGUCGCGGAAAGUGACGUUGCGGACCUUAAAACUCCGGUUUUGUCCGUCCACACGCAGACACCCAAAACGGAGAAAACGCAGAUCUUCACUUUGGCCGGAGUUUUUAAAAAGAUCCGUUUUCGUGUGAAAAAACUCCGUUUUCGUGUGGAUGACAGGCCAAAACGUAGAAAAAUAUCUACGUUUUGGCAGAUCCCCGGCUACGUGUGGACAGGACCUCAGUCUCCCCAGCAGAUCCUUGGUGACAGGACAGAUCCUUACACUCAUCUCUGUGAAUCUGAAAUCUGCUCUGAAACGAUCAGAUUCAGCGUGUCCGGUGGAUCCGUUAGCACGCCUCAGGUCAGCCAGCCUGCAGGGCCCGCCCCGCUCAGUGAGAGGAUAGCUAUUGACUUGCUCUGUUCUGACGUGGGCUUUUCUGCUGGGAUUCAGCACAAAACAUUUAGUUUUGUUUGCUGAAGAUGUAAUCCAUGCUAUGCUAAGUAAGUAUUCUGUGUGUUGUGAGAGGCGUUUAGAGGUGUUUGUGUGCGCACAGCCGUAAUAAAUCAGACACCGGUUUUUGUCGUGUAACUCAGGCUGGAUCAGACCUUCUGUAAUGUUUGUGUUUGAGCAGCUAAAGCAUCAUCAUGGUGGUGGUGGGACCCCCUGCUGCUCCUCUCUGUAUCACACCAUCUCAAACUCUGUGUGUGUCAUCUCGUUUAUUUUAACACACAAAACAGUUACAAAAAGAACGUGCAUGUCCAGACAAGUCUUCUUCUUUCGUUGGGUGUUUAUUAUGCAUCACACUUGAGCCAACCAAUGUGUCGUUGGUGCACUCAAAUGUUCACACUGAAUGUAUGACGAUAUAUACAGAUACCUACUCAGCUUAAUGUUUGUGUUAACUGGUCUAGUUCUGGUUCCGUACUGAUUGUAAUCACCAUGGAUGUUCCGGGACUGGCCCGGGAUUAUCUGCCUCUGCGUGGGAGGAUUCUGGCUCACUAGUCUAGUUACAAACAGAGCAACACUCCUGGUUGCUCUGCAGUCACACGUUCACUCUUGUAUCAGUCUCUCCUUGCUCAAUAACACUGCAGCAGUCUUCACAUAUCCACUUUUUCUCCAGUCCUUCUUCAGCUGUGAAAUAUUUGCUGACAUUCUUGUGCUUCCACAUCCUCCCGUUUUUGCACCAGUCAAUUUUUUGCAUUGUAUAUAAACAUGAUUGCUGUGAACCCUGUAUUAUAAAGUUGCACCCAUUUACAAACCCUUAAUCGGGCAGCGGUUCAGUGUCUGAGUGUUGGAGUUGGCGUCUGAUGUUUGUGUGCACCUAAACGCAUUGUCAUAUAAUAAAUAAACAUGGAAACGAUGCAACACAAAGAAA